AUGAAGUUCUCCGCCUCUACCGUCCUCCUGGCCGCCGCCCUCGGCGUGUCUGCCCAUCCUCAUGGCGCUGUCCACAACCAUAUUCACCGCGAUACCAACCUCGAAGUCCGCGACCAGUUUGUCAAGAACGUGAAGCCCACCUCUACUGUCUUCCAGACUGUUACUGUUCCGGCUGUGAACGCUCUCAACAACGUACCAACCAGCUCAAGCUCUGCUUCCGUUGCCGUUCCCGCUACCACCACCUCCUCCAAGGCCGCCGCCACGACCACUGCCAGCAGCAGCAGUGGUACUAUUGGCGGCAGUGCCCCCUGGACGGAUGAUUUCUGCACCGGAACCAGCAAGCGCGGCACCGCUGAACAGAAUGCCUUCUCUGGCAACACUGGUACCACCUAUGGUUGCAACCUCAAGUUUGUUGAGGAGAGCGCCGCCAAGAACUAUCAGUACAUCUCUGUUCUCGAGAACGCCGCCAGUGAGAAGCAGGUUUGCGCCUGCUUCCUGAAGAGCGGGCCCGAUGGUAAGGCCUUCACAGGAUUCUGGAAGGGUAACCAAGUUCUUGACUUUGAGCUCGCCCCUGGUGCCAAGAAGUAUCUGGCUGUCCAGGCUGGCACUAUUGGUGGCUGCUCUUGCGGCGUCGGUUCCCUCCCUCUUACUGCUCUUGGUCAGAUCUCUGGUGUGUGGCUGGAAUUGGAGUACGGCAGCGAAUUGAACGGUGGCUUCUCCGGUGCCGAUGCCUCUUCUCUGGUUCCUGAGGAUAACGGCAACCCCAUCCAGGGAUUGACCCUCACUACUGAGAACCCAACACUUGUCUCGGGUCACGAGAAGAAGUCGAUCAUCUACCCCAACGGUGACGGCUGCAACGCUUUCCCCAAGGGCACCAAUGCCGCUGAUGGUUGGGGCUUCAACAUUGCCAACUCGCAGAAGGGCGGUGAUUCUAUCCGUCUGCAUGCUAAGUGGGGAACCACUGGCACUCUGGCUGACUGCCCCAACGUUACUGAAGCCGAUGGCAAGAACUGGCGCCAGACCCGUGCUUAA